GUGCACAACCGAACUCAAUACCUGGCAGUGCUGAUCGAGACAAUGCGCCUGGCUGCUGGUAUUGAGAAUUGCCUUCUCGUGUUUAGCCACGACGUAUUUCUGCUUGAAAUGAAUACCCUCAUUCAGUCUAUUCGCUUUGCCCGAGUCUUGCAAAUCUUCUUUCCCUUCAGCCAACAGAUCUACACUUCACGGUUUCCUGGCCCGGAUCCGGCCGACUGUCCUCGCAAUAUUCAACAAAAAGAGUAA